GCCACGCUACUGCCGGCCUCUUUUUCUUUGUGUCAAAUCGGACUUUAUUUUUCGCAAUUUUCCGCAGUUUUUCAUUUAAGAAGUGUAACUUCGGGAAUAGAGACUCCGGGGAACCGAGUUCUUGAGCAAGUGUCGGGGAAAGGAAGAUACCUAUUUUUGGUCAGCCAAUUUGGAGCGCAGAUAUUGAAGCAGAAACGUAAACCCUUGCAUCCGAUAAACAAAAACCGGUGAAUCCCAAGAAUUGCGAGCCGGGGCACACACACCCUGGUGAUAAGGAAUCCAAUUCGAUCUCGCCACGUCAGCAAUAUCAGCCAAGACGUUAGUCUGAGAAAAGACUUCUAGACCAACGCAUCAGAUUAUUUUUUGCAAGCUAGCAGGCAGGAUCUAAGAUAUUUAGUGCUUCGUCAUGACAGAUAGUAAUAAUUUGGAGGCCACCGAAAUAAAGGCUCGCGAUUAUCAACUGCGGCUCGUGGAUUAUAUUACCAAGCACAAUGGCGUUAUCUACUUGCCCACAGGCUCCGGGAAAACCUACGUGGCUAUCCUGGCCCUCAAGCGAUUUUCCAAGGACAUGGACAAGCCCCUUGAAAAUGGAGGAAAGCGGGCGGUGUUUAUCUGCAACACCGUGGAACUGGCCCGUCAACAGGCGGUGGCCGUCAAGAAGUACACAAACUUUAAGGUCGGUUUCUAUGUGGGCGAACAGGGCGUGGACGACUGGACGCGCGACCAAUGGACUGGUGAAAUUCGAGAUCACCAAGUUUUGGUGGGCACGGCUCAGGUCAUCCUGGACUUGUUCACCCAGCGGCACAUGGAUCUGAGCUCCAUUAGCAUUGUAAUUAUAGACGAGUGCCACCACGGCACAGGUCAUCAUCCAUACCAUGAAUUCAUGCGGCUGUUCCUCUGCGUUGACCGCAAUUUGGCUUUGCCUCGCGUAGUGGGCCUCACCGGAGUCCUGAUCAAGGGUAAUGAGAUUAAACAGGUGGCCAAGAAGCUCAAGGAGCUGGAGACCACGUAUCGGGGAAACAUAAUUACCGUGUCGGACACCAAGGAGCUGGAAAACGUGAUGCUCUACUCAACCAAGCCGAAGGAGUACCUGCUCACGUAUCCAAAUCAGACCCAGGUGUUUCUAAUCACCCAGUCUAUACAGUCACAGAUUCAGAAAUUCUUCGCGUCCUUGGACCUCAUGGACAUUGGCACUCAACCGGUUCGGAGGUCGAAGUCCAUGCAAAGCCAGCGGGACCCGCAGAAAAAGAGCAUGGUGAAGCAGUUGUUCAACGACUUCCUGUUUCAGCUGGACCAGUACGGCAUAUACGCGGCAUCAAUAGCCAUCGUGUCGCUGAUUGUCGAGUUCGAGGUGAAGAAACGUCAGGCGGAGACGCUUAGUCUGAAACUAAUGCACCGGACGGCCAUUUCCUUGUGCGAAAGCAUCCGACAUACGCUGGUCCAUAAGCUGCGUGACUUGGUGGACGACGACGAAGAUCUCGAUGAUAAGACCAACACCGAGGAAACCAUCAUGAACUUUUCCACCCCGAAGGUGCAGAGAUUCCUGCAGUACCUGAAGAUCACCUUUGCCAACAAGGAUCCCAAGGAUAUCUGUUGCCUGGUCUUCGUCGAACGGCGCUACACCUGCAAGUGCAUCUACGGCCUGCUGUUGAACUUUAUCGAAUCCACGCCGGAGCUGCGGAAUGUGCUGACGCCCCAGUUCAUGGUGGGUCGCAACUCCAUCUCCCCGGAUUUUGAAAGCGUCCUGGAACGAAAGUGGCUGAAAUCGGCUAUUCAGCAAUUCAGGGAGGGCGACGCCAAUCUGAUGGUCUGCUCAAGCGUCCUGGAAGAGGGCAUCGAUGUGCAGGCUUGUAAUUAUGUCUUGAUUCUGGAUCCGCUCAAGACCUUCAACAUGUAUGUGCAGACAAAAGGUCGGGCUCGGUCCAAGGAUGCCAGUUUCGUGUUGUUUUCCUCGGAGCUGGACAAGGCCAAGAUAUCCCAGCAGAUCUGUCAGUAUCGCGAGGCCCAUGCUGAUAUUGCUGCUUAUCUGAAGGAUCGCGUUUUGGAGCGUACUGAGCCGGAAAUGUACGAGAUCAAACAGCACUUCCAGGACAUCAUACCGCCCUUCAUUAAUGAGCACGGAGCCGUAUUGUUGCCAAGCAGUGGCCUGAUUUUGCUCCAUCGUUAUUGCCAGAGCAUGCCCUCGGAUGCCUUUGGAUUUGUGAUUCCCUGGCUCAAUCUAUUGGACGAAGAUGGCCGCAAACAACUUUUCGGUGACUCUGCGAAGGGAAAGCAAGUAAUCUCCGUCAAUCUUCCGCUGAAUUCUAGGCUAAAGAACACGAUUUACAGCGAUCCCAUGGUCUGCGUUAGAUCCGCCAAGAUAUCGGCUGCAUUUAAGGCAUGUAAGCAACUCUACCUAAUGGGAGAGCUAAACGAGAGAUUCCUACCUGUAACGCUGAAGGAACGGGUGGCUGCCAUCGCCGACGUUCACUUUGAUCACUGGAAGAAGUAUGGCGAUGACGUGACUGCAGCAGUGCGCAAGGACCCGGAGAACAAGAUUCGCACCUACAAGACCGACUGUCCGGCGGAGUUCUUCGACGCACGUCCCCGAGUGGGUGAGGUCUGUUUUGCAUACGAGAUAUUCUUGGAGCCGCAGUUUGAGUGCUGCGACUACACGGAACACAUGUACACAAACCUGCAAACGUCUAGGAAUGUUGGUCUACUAUUGCGGCACAAGCUUCCCCGUCUGGCAGAGAUGCCGCUGUUUAGUAACCAGGGUAAACUGCAUGUCCGUGUGGCCGAGCAACCGCUAGAAUUAGUCAUGCAGAGCGCCGAGCAGCUGGAGCUGCUUCAUCAAUUCCACGGCAUGGUCUUUCGCGAUGUAUUAAAAAUCUGGCAGCCGUUCUUUGUAUUGGAUCGUCGCAGCAAGGAGAACUCGUACCUGAUAGUUCCCCUCACCGUGGGCGAGGAUCGGCGAAAAUGCAUUGACUGGCCACUGGUGAAAAAUUUCCAGAGAUUGCCCAAAGUACAAAAGUCAAGUGUACCUCAGCGCAAGCAGCAACCUGCUCCCCGUCCCGAGGACUUUGAGGGCAAAAUCGUGACCCAGUGGUAUGCCAACUAUGAGGAGAAGCGCAUGCUGGUCACCAAGGUGCAUCGGGAUCUUACUCCGUUUAGCAUGAUGGAGAAGAACCACCAGGAUAAGUCCUACUACGAAUUUACAAUGUCCAAGUACAGCAACCACAUCGGCGAUGUCGUGCACAAAGAUCAGUUUCUCAUCGAGGUCAGGGAACUCACGGAGCAGCUCAAUUUUUAUGUCAAACAACGUGGCAAAUCCUCCGCUCAGAGCAAGGCCAGAGCCAAGGUGGUUUUAAUUCCGGAGCUUUGCUUUCCUUUUGGAUUUCCUGGAGAUCUCUGGGUUAAGCUCAUCUACCUCCCCAGCAUCUUGCGUCGCCUGCACUUUCUUCUUCAUGCGGAGGCACUGCGAAAGCGAUUUAAUGCCUAUUUGGGACUCCAGCAGCUUCCCUUGAAUGGAGCGGACUACAGGCCCAAGCCACUGGAAAUCGAUUGGUCUCUUAAGAGGAAUGUCGACCCUCUGGGCAAUGCGAUACCCACUGAGGAUGUCGAGGAGCCACGAGCAUUACUGGAACCGAUGCCCACAAAAACUCUGGAGACGGCCGUAGCCAACCUGCAUAUCGAUGACUUCGAGAAUCCCUGGCAGCAGUACAUGGAGCCCGUGGAUCUGUCGCGGAAAAUCAUGGGUGCCUAUACCGUGGAGGUGGACUACUAUUACAAGUUCGCCAUGGGACAGGUGGCCCGGUUGGAUAAGAUGGAGUUCGAGGAUAAGGAGUACUGGGCAGAAAACCAAUUCAAAAUCCCCAAGGGUAAUAUCUAUGGGUGCAGAACUCCGACCAAGGCGAGUGUAAAUCUCCAAGCUCUCAUGCCCGCGGGUAAGGCUUUUCCGGGAGCAGUUAACCCGCUGCCCAUCCUGCAGAAAACCGUAUCAAAAGAAUAUAUUACACCCGCGGAACAGGGAGAAUUCUUGGCUGCCAUCACAUCCUCGAGCAGCGCGGAUGUGUUCGACAUGGAGCGCCUGGAGAUGCUGGGCGACUCCUUCCUCAAACUGAGUGCCACGCUCUACCUGGCCAACAAGUAUCCGGAAUGGAACGAGGGCACACUCACGCAAGUCAAGUCCAAGUUGGUGUCCAACCGGAAUCUGCUCUACUGCCUGAGUGACACGGACAUACCCAAAAAGAUCAGCACGAUGAUAUUUACACCCAGGUACACAUGGGUUCCGCCCAGUAUUAGUUUACCCCAAAAUGUGCUGGCCUUGUGGCAUGAGAAGCCGGAAUUGGCAGAGCUGGUGGGUCCCCACAAUCUGCGGGAUUUGGCUCUAGGUGAGGAGGAGUCGCUGGUAAAGAGCAACUGUAGCGACCUCAAUUACCGCAGCUUUGUGGAGGGUUGUCAAUCGAAUAAGCAUACCCAUUAUGCUGGCGCAGAUUUCUCCGCCGAGGUGAACUUCUGUGUGGGUCUCGUGAAGAUUGCCGACAAGGUGGUGGCCGAUACUUUGGAGGCGCUCCUGGGCGUGAUCGUGAAAAAUUACGGUCUGCAGCAUGCCUUCCGCAUGCUGGAGUACUUUAACAUUUGCCAAGCGGACAUUGGGAAGCCCCUCACCCAGUUGCUCGAUCUCAAAUUGGGCGGCAACAAGAUGCGGACAAACACCGCGGAGAUCGACGGCUUUCUAAUCAACCACCAACAUCUGGAGCAGAAUCUGGGGUACACGUUCAAGGAUCGGGGAUAUCUGCUGCAGGCGCUUACACAUCCCUCUUAUCCCACCAAUCGCAUCACUGGCUGCUACCAGGAGCUGGAGUUCAUAGGCGAUGCCAUCUUGGACUUCCUGAUCUCUGCCUAUAUUUACGAAAACAAUACCAAAAUGAAUCCAGGCGCCCUCACGGAUCUGCGAUCCGCUCUGGUUAACAAUACGACGCUGGCCUGUAUUUGUGUGCGACACAGACUGCACUUCUUCAUCCUGGCGGAGAACUCGAUGCUUUCCGAGUCUAUAUCCAAGUUCGUGCAGUUUCAGGAGAGCCAGGGACACAGGGUCACCAACCAUGUGCGCAUCCUGCUCGAGGAAGCCGACACUCAGCCCACUUUCUUGGACUUGGAUGACGAACUGGAUAUAGUGGAAUUGAAGGAGGCUUUGAAUGCUAUCUCUCAUGAUGAGAAAGAAAGUGCCCCCCCAAUGGGCGACUUUAACAUGUCGACGAACGUUGAUGUCCCCAAAGCCUUGGGCGAUAUCCUGGAGGCUCUUAUUGCAGCCAUCUACCUGGACUGCCGGGAUCUGCAACGCACUUGGGAGGUGAUUUUCAAUUUAUUCGAGCCGGAGCUGCAAGAGUUUACGCGCAACGUACCCAUCAAUCCCAUCCGCCAGCUCAGCGAGCACAAGCUUGCCAAUCCCGUCUUCAGUUCACCCAUCGUCGACCAGGACAAGGUGAUGAUCAGCUGUCAGUUCACCUGCAUGGAGAAGUCCGUCAAGGUGUACGGAUUUGGCAGCAAUAAGAACCAGGCCAAGUUGGCGGCUGCCAAGCAUGCCCUCCAGAAGUUGAGUAAAUGUGACGCAUAAGAUGGUGGGGGCAUGCAACGCAGUCCAGAUUACCUUCCACUUUCAACUGAUUUUUUCGAAACUGCAUUGCACAUAGUUAUCCCGCUUUGAAAAAAUCCGUUCCAAGUGGAGUGGAAAGCAUGCUGUGGGGAAGCUUUUAUGAACAAUAACUACUUAAGCCAAUUUUUUUAAAAAUUUUUGCAUUGCAUCCCUUUUAAGAUGUAAUGUAAACUUGUUUUAAAAAUUAAAAUAAUAUAUUACUAGCUAUUCCGAACUAUAAAAAUCAAAAUAAAAUAUUUUUAUACCUUAGAUCCUAUAAAUAAAUGUUACCAAGCAAUUGAA